UUGUGUACGUGUGUGUUUUGACUUUGCGACGUGGUGAUUAGCAACCACGGAAUCCGACUGAAUCUAAUCCCAAUCCUUGCUGGAAUCUAGCGCUUCCAUCCUGAUGCAUUUCCCAGAUUUCAGAGCAGCCCUGCUGCUGGCCGUGUUAGGCUUGGCGAGCGCCCAGCGUGUGGCGCCCGGCGUGAAUCCCCAGCAUUAUCAACAAGUGCCCCAGCAGGUGCCGCAACAUCACCAGCCGCCGCCGCCGCAGCAGUACCAGCAGCAAGGUCACGGCGCUCCUGGAGUGCCGCCGCAGCAGUAUCAAUACGAGCCCGUGCAGCCUGUGCAGUACCAGCAAGUUCCAGUGCAGCAACAACCCAUCCACCAGCAGCCACAAAUGCAGCAGCCCAUACAGCACCAACAGCAGCAGCACCAGCAGCAGCAACAAGUGCAUCACCAGCAGCAGGCGGGUGGCCAUCAUCACGGCCAGCCCCAGCAGGUGUUGAACACGGGCAACAUUCAGCAGGAGCGCGCUCACAUCCAGGAGCAUAUGCAGGUUCCCAUCGAUACGAGCAAAAUGUCUGAGGCGGAGCUUCAGUUCCACUACUUCAAGAUGCACGACUCGGACAACAACAACAAGCUGGAUGGCUGUGAGCUGAUCAAGUCCCUGAUCCACUGGCACGAGCAAGGCAGCAAGGAGCAGCCCAACGGCGAGAAGCCGCACGUCGAAGAGAAAGUCUUCUCCGAUGAGGAGCUGGUGGCCCUCAUUGAUCCCAUCCUGCAAAUGGACGAUACAUCGCGUGACGGUUACAUAGACUAUCCGGAGUUCAUCAAGGCUCAGCAGAAGGCCUCCGAGAAGCAGCAGCAGCAGCAACAACAGCAGCAACAGCAACAGCAGCAGCAACAACAGCAGCAGCAGCCGGUUCAUUAGUAGAUAGCUAGUUUGAUCUAUUCAGUUUCCAUACACCAAUCAAGCUUGACUAUGUCAUCGUCUUAAGUCCUGUGACGUGCAACACAUACUCCUGUUUUCUCGCCCAAAACAUCAUGAAAUUACGUCGACGUUGUCAACGGUUUUUAGCGCAGAAUUUUGAGAUCGUUCUUCAAAGAAUUUCUACUUAAACCAUGCUGCAAGCAUUCCAUUCCAAUCGGAAAACUUCAUUGAACAAAUUGUAACUCAUUAAAUCCUUCCAAGAAAUUUUCACAAAUUCCCUAUUUUUGAAUAGUUGUCCACACGAAUCUCUAAAGUGGUUUGUGCAAUUUUAGCUGCUUUUGUUUUAUUUUGUUUUCCCUCGUCAUAAUCUUAGUUAAUUUCGAUAUGAACUAAUUUUUAAGCGCAUCUUGAGAGCAGCAACAAAAAACAGACUGAUUGUGUGAACGUUUGUUUUGUACAAAAAGAGAGAAAAACACGCAAAAAAAUCGAAGUAAAACUAUAACUAAAACGAAAACUCUUUUUUUGAAUUUGAGACCUAUUAUAUAGAGACGCAUGCAAUUCUUUGUAAGUAAAACCAGAUCUAGCAAAUAAAGUCAAAUACAAAUCACAAACCCACCCACCGCAUCUAAACCCUUGCCUCCAGUAGCUUAUCUAGACAAAUUUGUUAGCGGUUUUCGGUGAGCGCUUGCCC